GAAAAAAUGACACGCCGAGCCGCGAAACAGCCUUGGAACUCAAUGGGAUGCUUGGCGGAUGCUCUUCUUAUAAGACCGACAGUAGGGUUGUGCAAAUCUUAUGUUUUCUAUCUCAUCGGACUCUCACAUAACAAUGAUCUAGAGAAGAUUGUAUCAGUCUCUUCUAUACAAUGUUGAAACGCCUGCUCCUUGGGAGCUCUCUGCUUGUUGCAGUAGUGUCACUUUUACUCUCUCAAUGGGCCAUGAAACCGCCAACCCAGUAUACUCCGUCUGUCAGAGGCCGGAAUAACACUGUCCUCUUCAUAGCCAACUACGAGUUCGGUCUUUCUAAUGUACACCUCGCGACGGCGCACGCCCUGUUAGAACGCCACCCCGAGGUCCAAAUACACUUUGCGUCGUUUGGGCCUACGUUUCCGAGGGUAGACCGUAUCUCGAAGCAUGGCCGCAGGUUGAAUUCUUCCGCCGAGGAGAUCGUGUUCCACGAGCUUCCUGCACAGCAUCUAUUCGCAAGAGCUAUGGCCAUGACGGGGAGGACGGCAACAAGCAUCAUACAUCCGCCAGGCCGUGCGCACAUCGACCAGAUCGGCAAGGAUCUUGCAUUCUACGUUGCGCCGUGGACAGGAGAAGCGCAUCUGGCGCUCUACCAACAGCUCACAGAAAUCAUCGAUAGGGUAGAUCCCUCCCUCAUCCUCCUGGACAUCUUUUUCCGGCCUGGCCUCGACGCAGCUCGUAAUCGGAAAAGGCUGCAUGCCUUUGUCGUUCCGAAUAUGCCAAUCGACGUCUUCCCGCUCCACCAACCUUACGGGAAAUGGCUGUGGAAGUAUCCAGUUAUGGGCUCCGGUAUUCCAUUUCCCGUCCCAUGGAGUAGGCUGUUAGAUAAUAUCUACAUGAAUAUUCGGUACUUCCAUAUCCUAUCAUCUAUGCCCCAUUUCAAGGACGGGCAGAAAAUCAUCCAGUCGAAAGGUCUAGACCGGGUUACCUACCACGAUUUGUACCGCUCAAAUGUACCAUUCUUCAUACAAGGUCUAGCCGAAGCCACAAUACCCCUAGACCAUGUACCGCCAAAUGUGACCUAUACCGGACCAAUGUCCCUUUCCCUGUCCACGCCAGAAGAAGUAAGUCCGGAGUUAAGUCAAUGGCUGGCCCAGGCGCCAACUCUUCUCGUCAACCUCGGCAGUUUCUUCGCCUGGGAUCACAGUCGGGCCAGCGCCAUGGCACAGGCCAUCGCAGACAUACUGCACGAGAGGGCUGGCCUGCAAGUGUUAUGGAAGCUCCGCAAGACGGGAAAGGAAUACGGUGGCGUGGCUUUUGGCGACGAGUUCCUGGACCCGGUACGCCCGUACCUCGAGAAUGGACGCCUCAAGAUGGUGCAAUGGCUGCCUGUUGAGCCGGCGGCUCUUUUUGAAACUGGCCAUAUCGUGGCUUCGGUGCAUCACGGUGGCGCGGGCUGCUUCAACGAAGCACUCGGGACCGGUAUACCCCAUAUAAUCUUACCGCAAUGGUUGGACCACUACAGUAUCGCGCAACAGGCUGAAUAUAUCGGGGUAGGAGUGUGGGCAUGCCAGGAAACUGCUCCAUCUUUCACAGCCGAAUGCCUCCACGAUGCCUUUUCUACAGUCCUUGGUAAUGCUAAGACCGCUGUAGACAUGCGAGACAAGGCAAAGCGGAUCAGUGAGAUAGCUCAGCGAGAUCCUGGUCGGUACGUUGCCGCUCGAGGGAUCGCGAAGUUGGCUGCGCAUGGUGCUUGAAAAUAUUAUCGUUACAACCCCAAAAGUAUUGGAAUUGAAAGAAAGAGGCAGUGAACAACUCCUCUUAUGAUUAUAUUUGCUGGAUAAGCGGGUGUCACAUAUCUAGUGGAAGAAGAGUGGUUAGGAUUCGGCGUGUUAGAGAGCUCGUAGCAUGGGGACUAGGGAAUUCCGGCUUUAUAGAAGUGUGAAUGUA